CGCGGCGGCCCCGCCGCCAUUUCCCGUGGGUCCGCGCGGUGGCGGCGCCAAGAUGGCGGCGGCGGCGGCGGGGGGCGGCGGGCCAGCGGCGCGGGAGCUGUUCGCUGAGGGGCUGCUGCAGUUCCUGCGGCCGGCGGUGCGGCAGCUCGACGGGCACGUGCACGCCGUCAGGGAGAGCCAGGUGGAGCUGCGGGAGCACAUCGACAGCCUGGCCACAGAGCUGUGCCGCAUCAACGAGGACCAGAAAGUGGCGCUCGACCUCGACCCCUACGUGAAGAAGCUGCUGAACGCCCGGCGCAGGGUGGUGCUGGUCAACAACAUCCUGCAGAACGCCCAGGAGCGGCUGCGGAGGCUGAACCACAGCGUGGCCAAGGAGACGGUGCGGAGGAGAGCCAUGCUGGAGGCCGCCGGCGGCUACCCCCAGGGCCUGCCGGGCAAGUGAGGCUCCUGCCGCGGCACCGGGCCGGAUCCGGGGCGCCGGGACGGAGCGGGAGCAGCAGCGACAGCACCGGGCGCUGCCCCGCCGGGAGCGGGCACCGCCGAGGGGAGCAGGAACCCGUGUCCGCAGCACGGGAAGGGGGGGGACGGGGACGGGGGGGACACACGAGGAGCCGCCCCCCCCGCCCCAGCGAGGCUGCGGUGCUGCAGCGGGUGCUCAGCGAGCCGGGGGCUGCGGCUGCUGCGGUUGCAGGGGUGCAGGCGCUGAAAUAAACGGCGGCGUGGUGCUCGUGCA